UAAACCAUAAUGGUCCCAAACCUGAAAAUGUGCCUUCAAAACCUCCGAUUACUAUUAUCAAAAAUUAUAAAUCUACAGCUGAUGUUUGUUCAGAUUAUUCAAACUGUAAAACAGACACCAAACAAGAUAGUGGUAAAACCGUAACUUCAGAAGAUCAUAACAGUCAUAUCACGACUAUCAUACCAUCUGGCUACGAUAGCGCAACAAUAACUGCAUUCGUAACUAAAGUAGUCACG